AAUAAGUAGGACGCCAGGGGGGCCCGCGUGAAAAGUGCCCAUUUUCAGAACCAAUCAUGUAUGGCUUCAUGAAACAUUGAAACCCCAAUCUGACCCAUCCAAGCCAUACCCAGCUCACCUCUCUGCUCUGCUCUGCUCCCCUCCUCCUCCUGCUCAUCCUCCCGCUCCUCCAAACCCUAACGGCGGGACCCGUAAGCCCCGACCUCAAUCCUUGUUGCCGCCGGAGACAGCAUGACCGGAAUCUGAACCAUUCCCGGGUGGUUCUGCUCGAACUCGUGCGUGCUGACAAGAUCUUGGGCGGGAGAGAGCGAUGCCGUCCCAGGCGGAUCUGGACCGUCAGAUCGAGCAUCUGAUGGAGUGCAAGCCUCUGCCGGAGGCGGAGGUGAAGGCGCUGUGCGAGCAGGCGAGAGCGGUGCUCGUGGAGGAGUGGAACGUGCAGCCGGUGAAGUGUCCGGUCACCGUUUGCGGCGAUAUUCACGGGCAGUUCCACGAUCUCGUUGAGCUGUUUAGGAUCGGAGGGAGCGCUCCCGAUACCAAUUAUCUCUUCAUGGGGGACUACGUAGAUCGAGGAUACUACUCAGUGGAGACUGUCACACUUUUAGUGGCCCUAAAAGUUCGUUAUAGGGAUAGAAUAACAAUUCUAAGAGGAAAUCAUGAGAGCCGGCAAAUAACUCAAGUGUAUGGCUUUUAUGAUGAAUGCUUGAGAAAGUAUGGGAAUGCAAAUGUCUGGAAAUAUUUCACUGACCUAUUUGAUUAUUUGCCGCUUACAGCACUUAUUGAGAGUCAGAUAUUUUGCAUGCAUGGUGGACUGUCCCCAUCUCUAGAUACAUUAGAUAAUAUCCGUGCUCUGGACCGUAUACAGGAGGUUCCUCAUGAGGGCCCAAUGUGUGAUCUCUUGUGGUCUGAUCCGGAUGAUCGAUGUGGAUGGGGAAUAUCUCCAAGGGGAGCAGGAUACACCUUUGGACAGGAUAUAGCUGCACAGUUCAACCACACUAAUGGACUCACUCUUAUUGCUAGAGCACAUCAGCUUGUCAUGGAAGGUUUCAAUUGGUGUCAGGAAAAAAAUGUUGUCACGGUAUUUAGUGCACCAAAUUACUGCUAUCGAUGUGGGAAUAUGGCUGCAAUACUGGAGAUUGGGGAGAAUAUGGAUCAGAAUUUCCUUCAAUUUGACCCAGCACCUCGUCAAAUUGAACCUGAAACCACACGCCGAACUCCUGAUUAUUUUUUGUAAACUUCAUCACUUACUAUCAGUGGCCCUUUUUGUUUACUUCCUGUUGUGCUUUUGUAGAUGUGUCGCAGAUAAAAAGAGUUUUUGUGUUUGAUUCUGGGAGACAACAGAACCAUUGUUAUGAUCAUUCUUUGUUUGGAGUUGCCCUUGCUGCUUCAUUCAUGUGAGUUUUUAGGAAUACUUUCUAGAGGAUUUUAUUCGUCUUGUAUUCUAAAGAAGUGACCAAAACAACAAUGAUGAGGCAUCAUUUUAGAAA